GAUCGGCUGUGGAAGGAAAAUCAACACGAUUGUUUUCCGUCCGUCCGUACCGAGUGUGUGUGUUAGUGGGGGGAGUAUAGAUAUAUUUUUAAAUAUCGAUCACACGCGUGCCGCCGAUUCGAGCUGAGCGCUCGAAAGGGGAAUACCGAUCGAUCAGCUGUUGAUCCAUCCACCCACUUAGAACCAGGUGGGCUUGUUUGGUGUGAUUAAGACCAGGUGAUUCAUUGUUUUGAAACAAACACACACACGCACAGUGUGUGUUAUCUGUGGUGUGUGCAUCGGUGUGACAAAUAUAAGAUCAACCAGGCAAAAGCAAGUUCUAAUUCCACUUCUCCGUUGCUGCUGUCUGCGGUUGGCGCGUGGCAUGUGUUGUGGUGUGGCCCUACGUGGGUGAUACGUUUCAUUAGUGUCGUGUGUGUUCUGUAUUCGUUCUGGAAGUUGUUACAGCUCAUUUAGUGCUGCUUAGUGGUUCCGUGUGUGUCGUCUCGUUUCUACUGGUGGUUGAUUAGAGUUUGCAAAACUAGUAAAAAAAGUGUGUUUAUGUUUGUUAAUAUUUUUGGAUUUCACAACAAAAAUCAACGGCACGCAUAGAAACACCUUAACCAACAUCCCCAACCCGAGAAGGGGCACUGGAAUCACAGGAGGCUUUUGCUGUGCGGACGGGUGCGUAUCUCGAGUGUGUGAAAGGGAAAAGUAGGCGCUGCCUGCGAAGUUGCCAUUUGAUCUGUGAAUGUGACGUGCGUGCGACCAGGCUUGAAGAAGCUGCGAGUGUGGCAAAGUGGACAGCAAAAAACAAGGAAAUUAUCUCGCUUAAAGCAGGGCGGUGCCCUACAUAUUGCCCUACGCAUUUGAUCCCUGGGUUUGCGGUCGUUAUUUGUUUUUGCCGUUCAUCUCUCUUCGAUUAUAAAUACGUUUCCGUUGUAAUUCCCGCGUUUAAUUGCCUCCGAUUAGUGUGACAAAAAGUGUGAUUAAGUGAGUAAAGCGAUAAAAACAAAUCCCGCGCCUGUAUCACCCGUGUGUGUGUGUGUGUAGUAAGAAACAAAGAGAGCGUGCUGUGGGAGGAGGGCUAAUUCACUCGGUUUUGCUCGUGGCCCCGAUCGAAUGUGUCUUUAUCGCUCUUUAAUAGUGUGUUGAAUGUGUAGCAGAAAAAGAGAAGCUACACAAGCUGUUUUCUUCGCGUGAGCUUAAUUAAAUACUAUCUACCGUCGGAGCACAAGGCCACAGAGAGAAAGAGAGCAUUAAAGAAAGAAGGGCUUAGAAAAGGGAAAAAACCAUCUUCAUUGGACGCGCGCUCACGCUUCCCUUUUUGUGCUGUGAAGGAGAAAGCAGCGGAAGCAGCGCCCGUCCCAGUGGACACAAGCUUUCGUCAUUUUCAAUCAGUCCCCCCGUCCAUCCCGUUCGCGAAAGGUUCAAUCGAUCCUGAAACUGCAACUACUGCUACAACACAGCACUUCAACACCGGUGACGGGGGCGCAGACGAGGAAAACAGUCCCGUCUACGCUCGGCAAAUCGGAUCAGCGAAAUUGGAAUGUCAUUGAAGAAAGAAACCCUUUCGGACGUACAGCUACACCUGGCGGCAGUGCGCGGUGACGAGAUGCUGCUGAGACGUGUGUUGGACAGCGGCAAGGUGCACGUCGACUGCCGCGAUGAGGACUACACCACACCGCUAAUUCUGGCUGCCGCCGGUGGACAUACAGCUUGCGUCAUCGAGCUGCUGGAGCAGGGUGCCGAUCCGAAUGCACGCCGAGUGACCGGUACGACGGCACUGUUCUUCGCUGCGCAGGGCGGUUACGUGGACGUUGCCAGGAUACUGCUCAAGGCAGGGGCGCCCGUCGACUGUUCGUCCGUGGAUGGCGGAACGCCACUGUUCGUUGCCUGCCAGGGCGGCCACGAAGCCAUGGUGAGCGAGCUGCUAAGCCACGGUGCCAGCGUGCACGCCUGCAUGAAGGACCGAGCGACACCCCUCUUCAUAGCGGCACAGAACGGCCACAGCUUGGUGCUGAAGCUCCUGCUAGCCGCCGGUGCGAACCCGGAUGCACCGCGCAAUGAUGGCGCCACACCACUCUGGAUAGCGGCCCAGAUGGGCCACGAUCACGUCGUCAAGAUACUGCUCCACAAUGGCGCCGUGGUGGAUGCUGUACGAUGUGAUGGAGCGACGGCCCUGUUCAAGGCGGCCCACAAGGGACACAGUGCGGUGGUGCAGGAGCUGCUCAAAUUCCGCCCGAAUCUGGGCCGGCUAGCGAACGGAGAGACGGCCUUGCAUGCCGCCGUCAUGUUCGGCCAUCUGCCGAUCGUGAAGCAGCUGGUAGCGGCCGGUGCCGACUGUACGAUCGCGAAUCAGGACGGCUACACACCGUUGCAGCUCGCCCGGCAGCAAAAGUUUGCCGCCAUCCAUCAGUACUUGAAGGAGCGUGAGCAGCUACAGAAGCAACCGACAGCCGGCGGAACUCCAAAACGUAUGGGACCGGCCUCAAACCAAAGCAAAGCACCGGCGGCCAAAGGAGCUGCCGCCCCAUCAGUAGCCAUCACUGGUUAGAGGGGGAGGGUAGAGAGCAAGCGAGCUUUCACCCCAUCGUUACCCAUUUCGUCCGACAACGCCUAUUCCUUCCAGUGUUUUGUUAUUUAAUCUUUUAAUCAAACUAACAGUAAGCAAACUAGAAUAGUGUUUCGGAGCAAUUGGUUCCUUUCGAAAGUUUCGUCUUCCUAUGCAAGACACCAGUGUUUAACACUGCUGGCAGUAAUUGGAGAUUAAUCAUUGACUUAAAAGCUUCAAUUUAACUGCUCCUAAAAGCUCAAAAUACUCUCUCGAUGUGCUCAAAAACAAACAUACGUAAUCAGUACGAAGAAAUCAGUAUACGCUGCACAAACACUCGCAAUACUGUGGAUGCAAUCCUGCACAAUAAAAUGCACCCAGCAGCACCGGCACUGUGGUUGGACGUGACACUUCCGGCUCUGUUCCAGUCCCACAGCGACCCGAGCAUUCCCAUGCGGUCAUCACAAUAUCACUUCUGCGGUUCAUGCCAGUGCUGUGCUGUGCCGGUCAUGGCAACGAUUGUCGUUAAACGUUAUCGUUAUUAUUGCUGCUAUUUACCCCGCUCCAGGAGACAAAAUAUUAUUUGACCCCGGACGGAUCAGGACGGACACCGACAGCCGACGGAACAAAACCCAGGUUGCUGUCAUUCGAUAGCAAGUAAAACCUGGAGCUGCAAGUAAAAGUUAGAAUCGCUUGUAAAGGAUAGCGACACAACGUCGGGUCGGGUGCCGUAUAGGAUCAAAGAAUGGCGCACACUGGCGAACGUACACCGGAAGUGCUAGUGCACUUCUGCUAUUGACACAUCCCGUCCCGCGCUACCGUUCUCAUCCCAAAGCCGCAAUGACAUCCUACCACGCUUCAGCUAGCAAACGAAAGGAUUGGUGGAGUAAGUUUCGCAUACUUUUACUGCGACCACAAAUCGCGAAUCCUUUUCGAGGUUGCUCCCCCCCUCUUUUACGAUGGACUGUAUGUGCCUGUGUUAUGGGUGAACCACCCGCUGCGAGCGAGAUUGAAAUCGAACAUCAGAGACCCACGAAAGCAACCACUUCAAUGAAAACUGUCGUGCGCCUUGGUGUGGUGUCCUUCCCAGCCGGGCGGUUCCGGUACACCGCGAAGAUGACACCGCGGGAACACGGAUGUGGUGGUGUGCGUGCAGCAAUAAUAAAAAAAAAAACAACAACUGUCCCAGGCUCCGGCUUUUUGCUGGCCUCCCAAAUGCCAUCAUCAUCGUCAUCGUCGUGGUUGUGCAGAGAAACCACCAACGGUGCCGGGAAAAUGGGAAACUUUCAUUCCGCUUCCAUAGCACGCGCGGAGAUUGCGCCUUGCGCGGACAGCAGCAGGAUGAGCAGAGUGCCCCGCACACACACACAUACAUAGGAAGCAACAAAAAAAGAGCGUUCUUCACCUGAUUGUAAUGUCCCGGACAAACGGGCCAACGCUGGAGGACGUUGGCAUGGACAUUGAUUUGUGAUUGCAUGGCAGGCCCGAGAGCGCAGCAAAACGAACCCGCUUGGAGCAGCGUUGCCAACCCAACGCAAUGAUAAAGGUGUAAUGAAAGUGUUAAUAUCGGACUGGAGGAAACUCCCUCACGCCCGCUGCUGUAGUAGUCUUCAGAGAAGUUCCGGAAGGUUAGAGCGAUAUAUUGGUGUCCUUGUGCCGUUGUGCCCGGGACACGUAUUAAGAGUGUAGUGAUAUAGGUUUGCUUCUUGCCUAGAGAACUUGUUGCUUGUUGCCGCCGCUGGCGGAGAAAACGCUCGUUACAACCAAUGCUGAAAUACGAAUAAACCCCUGUCUAGUAUCCGAAGCAAAGUUUCCUGAA